GGCGGCUGCAUGAUGGCAAAGACUGUUUGCCUAAAAAGGUAUUCACAUGACUGGUAUCCCUAUGUUCAUCAAUAUGGAUAUUAUGAUCCAGUGACAGUUGGUAGCAUUGACGGCACAGAUAUGAUUCCACAUGAUCGGGCAAUCCAGCGUGCUUUAUCAUCAUCUUAUAGAAGUAAAGAUAAUGUUUUUAAUUGGAAUCCGAAGGCUACAAUAUUUGUAGGGAGGCUACCUUAUUAUACUUCAAAAAUUUGUUUACAAGAAGCGCUGCAUAAUCUGUUGAAUAAUCAUUUAGAAAAUGAUUCAAACAGCAAGUCUAGGAAAUACAGUCGUAGUCGUUCUCCAUUUUCUUCAAGCGAUGAAAUUUGGCCAAAAAUUCAUAUUGUUCACAAUGUAGUUACUGGUUAUCCAUGUGGCUAUGCAUUUGCAUAUUUCUCAUCAGAAUCAGAUGUUGAACGUGUACUACGUUCUUGGCGCAAUCAAACUACUAUUUCAACCAAAUUAUACUGUGGACUAAAAGAUGAACGACAUUGUGGUUUAAAUAUACCUAAUGGUGAUAAGGUGAUCUUGGAACCUUAUUUCGGUGAUACAUUGCCAGGUUGGCGACCACGUCGUCUUGGUGGUGGAUUAGGUGGUCGUAAAGAAGCUGGGCAGUUACGAUUUGGAGGAAUUGCUCGUCCUUUUAGACGUCCAUUCACUGCAAAUAUGCAUCACUGACAGUAAAUGAAACAAAUUUUUGCAGAGUUUCAUUCUCUUAGAAAAAUACAAUUAGUUAUGUAAAAAGUAAUUUGUGCACACACGAAUAUGCAUAUUGAACUGUUAAUUGUGAAUGCUUGAAUGUUUUCGCUCACAUUUCUUAGUUGUUUUUUCCACAGUAUUUUUAAAUUUUACAUGGUUUUCAGGUUUUAGAUAAUUUUUAAUAGACAUAAUGAGCAAAGUCCUAAUCAGCAGGAGAGUGAAUGACUCACAAAAUUUAUUUAUUUCAACCUCAUCCUGUUUCUUUUUCUGUUAAUAUUCUGUAUAUAAGUAUGUUAUUUUGCUAAAACGAGACAUUAUCCUAGGCGAUUGCUUUGUUUUGUGGAUAGCAAUCUAAUUGGGAGCUUACGUCAAUAAUUCAGUUUUGUGAGCUCGACCAAAUUGUGCCGUUGAAUAUUAUCAUCUGUUAAUUUAAUUAUCACCUAAACAUCUUUUCACUAGAAGUUAGAAAAGGAUAAUUCUAAAUGGUAACAUUUGAUAGUGUUUUGGAUAUCGAUUUCAUCUUGACAUAUAUACUAGUGUAUAUUUCUCUUUUCAAAACAUGAAUUUUGUACAACUUUAUACAUAUUAAUCUACAAAUAAAUUGAAGUGUAGAAAUUGUA